AUGGGAGAUUAUGGCCCCGUGGUCCCGCCUACCCACUCCUCCCCGGUGGGCCAACCCUCGCAAUCCCCGCAGGGUUCCAACGAGAUCUCCGUUCUUAUAACGGGAUUUGGUCCCUUCAAAACCAAUCUCGUCAACGCAUCCUUCCUCAUCGCCUCAUCUCUUCCUCCCUCAUUCACCUUCUCGCCCCUCAAAACCGAUGAUACCAAUGGCGAGCGCCGUAUCUCUCUUCAUGUCCAUCCAUCUCCCAUCCCCGUGGCAUACGCAACCGUUCGGGAGACUCUGCCCGUGAUCUUGGAAGAAUACGCAGCUACACACGACGGGCGACGACCAGAUCUAAUUAUUCAUAUCGGUAUCGCCUCGCCCCGUCCAUACUACUCGGUAGAAUCCCUCGCCCAUCGCGAUGACUACAACAUCACCGAUAUCGAUGGACGAAACGGGUACGAGGACGGGGAGAAACGAUGGCGCGAAAUGGGUCUACCACCCGUCCUAGUCCCAGGUCUCGCAUCCGAAGAAGAUAUCAAGAAUGCGAGCCAGACACCGGGCUCUGUCACGCCCACCACCAGCCUCACCGUACCCUACCCGCCGGAUGACCACUUCCUGCACGUAUGGAAGUCCCACGCACCGGAGAGCCUGGACCUGCGUGUCUCGCAGGAUCCGGGUCAUUAUCUGUGCGAUUUCAUUUUCUAUACCAGUCUCUCACUGGCGAAGAGGCAGGGCCUGGACCGGAACGUGCUCUUCUUGCAUGUUCCCGGUGGUUCGGCGGAUGCGGAUAUCGAGCGUGGGCGUAACGUUGCGCUGGCACUGAUUAAGACUAUGGUUACUUGCUGGAUUGAUGAGAAACGCAAGGCCGCUGCAUGA